AUGGCACAGCAUACCCUUGGUGAUGAAGAAAGAAAACGAACCUCGUUUUCUCUGCACCUUACACCGGAAUCUACGUCCGACGUCCCGAUCAUCAUUGAGUUGACUCUACCCGCAUCCUUCCUGGAGAAGAGCCGGGGCACCAUUACCCCUCGCCUACGUGGGCCUCGUUGGUUACUCUUGUAUACCGCCACGGCGUCGGCGAUGGCCACACACCACGAAGAAAGACCGGAGUUGGAAGACCAUGCCGGCUCACUUGGAUCAGUGAAAGACGCCUACUUAUGCUCCCACUGCCAAAUUGUGUUCCCGAAACUAAAAGUGGCCCUACUAUCAACAAAUCUAAAUGCAGAGCCCACAAGGAUUGCACGAUACGUUAACAUGGCGUCCUACCUUGCACCCGAGCUCACAGCCUCGCAAUCUUGCGAUCUAUGCAAUCUCGUGUUGUCAAUACUGGCGACUGCACACAAUAUGUCCCCUCGGGUGGUUCAAGCGGUGGGCUUCACUCUCUGGGCCGUAGACUUGCUGGAUGGCGAAGAGAGAAGUAGGGCAACAUACUACCCGAAAGGGCACUACCUAGCGGGAAUCUAUGCUAGGUUAGGAGCGAGCUCGGAAUGGGAAGUGGAAAAGCAAGAUAUGCUUUCACGAUAUCGGCAGUACCGACGCAACGGUCUAAUCAUGCCUCUCACCCGAUCGGAAAUCGAAGCUCGAGAAAUCGAUCGGAGAUGCGCUGCUGUCUCUACGGCUAAAGAAUGGAUACGACAAUGCCAAAUGGAACAUGGAAAUCGCUGCAAUCAAGGAACCACAUUGAAGGAGACCGCGGUGGAUGGCCUAAAAGUAAUCGACUGUGAGAAAGAGCUAGUGGUGGGGCACGAGGGGGAUGGAUCGUACCUGGCAUUAAGCUACGUCUGGGGUAGAACCGAAGGCUCCAGAACCGAUACGAGUCUCGCUCUUGCGCCGGGAGUUGUUCGAGACGCUAUGGAACUGACCAGAAAGCUCGGGUAUAAAUUUCUUUGGGUCGACAGGUACUACAUAGACCAAUCCAAUCACGACGAGGUACUCUCUCAGGUUGGCCGAAUGGACGUCAUCUACGAGAAUGCAACAAUGACCAUUGUUGCAGCAUCUGGCGAAGAUGACAACUACGGCUUGCCGGGCGUCGGGACCGGUGACUCCUCGCUCCGAACUGCGCAGCCAGCCACCUCGAUUGAUGGACUGACUCUCAUCUCAAGCCUUCCAGAAGUGACUCAUUGUGUCGAACGAUCCAAGUGGGCAACGAGGGGCUGGACAUACCAAGAAGCGCUGCUCUCUAAACGCUGUUUACUUUUCUUUCCGUCUCAGAUGUUUUUCGCUUGCCGCACUAUGUGCCGCAGUGAAACGCUUCCAAACCUACCAUCCUUACAGGGAGACGUUUCCCAUAGCGUCAAUCUCCAGACCCUCUUCCUUCCCGCCGGCCCCCGAGCAGACCCCACGCGCUACCUCGCACGCACGUUCAUGACGAUUCGCUGCGCCAACACAUAG